CUCCGUCCAUCCGUGUAAGGCCUCCUUUCCCUCACUCCCUCCAUCGAACAGCACCUUCCAUUAUGGCUCACCCCACCAUCCCACAGAAAAUCAUAACUCCACCUUCUCGACGACGGAUGCAUCGUAGAUGACAGGUGUACCCUCGUUCAGCAAAGCAUUUGACGACAGGCCAGCAUGGCUGAAGCGCUCUUGCAGAUAAGGGAUGUUCUGGCCCUGGAAUGAGGCUUUCAUCGCAUCGCUUCGACCUUGCGCGUCACCCUCCAACCCAAUGUCAAUCACGUAAGAGACCAGUGUGCCCCCUGUACCAUUGGACUCCAGGUUGAUGCUACCACGAUAGAACCGCAAGCCGAGUUGGUUCGAGUGCUCAUAGACUAGACGCUUCUGGGAAUGAUCGAGGACACUCAGGCGCUCCUCCAGCUCCAGACCAUUGCGGAACUUGACGACGCGAAGGCGCUCAUCGUUCUCGUCAAGCUCCGCAGAUACAGCACCGAGCACCAUCGUGACGUCGCUCCAAUUCCUCACAACCGACCAGAUCGCGUCCACAUCAUUGUCAAUCGUAAAGCGAAACGCUAGAUGACGCAACUGUGGAGGAUAGCUGGGCUGACACCACUCAGCCCGACGCCACGGUCCAAACUCUAUCAUAUCAGCAGCGAGGCCGUGGUAGUACUCCUGAUUGAACAGGGGCUCCACCCGCUUAAGAUGAGUCUGCAGAGCCUCAAGUGACCUCCAAUUCCUCACAACCGACCAGAUCGCGUCCACAUCAUUGUCAAUCGCGAAGCGAAACGCUAGAUGACGCAACUGUGGAGGAUAGCUGGGCUGACACCACUCAGCCCGACGCCACGGUCCAAACUCUACCAUAUCAGCAGCGAGGCCGUGGUAGUACUCUUGAUUGAACAGGGGCUCCACCCGCUUAAGAUGAGUCUGCAGAGCCUCAAGUGACCAGUAGCGCUCAACCACAGCAAAGUCCCACUCAUCUGACCCUCCUUUGCCACGCUCAACUUCGAACACCUCGUAGAUCUCAUUGCCAGGCUCCGCCAACGUCGAGUGCGCCACUUCACGAAGGAAGUCGCCGAGUGCAUUGCGCACAUUAGGAGAGGCAGCCUUGAAGACUGUAAAGCCCGAGACCGACUGACUGCAUUGCGAACUGGCCUGUGCGGCCACCGCUGGGCAACGGAAGAGAAGUGGAGGGCCGAAAAUGACACUUGUCGACAGGACGAGAGAGAGAAUGAAGAUGAAGAAGGCCUCGAAUACGUUCAUAUGGUGUUGUCGAUAUGGUGGCACGGGGGCCUCAUCCCAUCUUAGUGCGAACUCCGAGUACAAGCCGAAUGUGACAAGCGGCGAAAAGACAAGAAGCAGUAGCCACAGUGUCGUACCGGGCACUCCCAGACCUCCCAGAAUAAGUGUGAAUAUCUGGCCAAAGUGAACGAUAGAUGCGACCAGACCCAUCAAGAAGAGACGCCGAAGAUAAACGUCACCUUCCUGAACCUCUGAGAGGCGUUUGAGCAUAAGAAAGAAGAGCAAGAAGUCACACCAGAGGCCAAACGGCUGUUCGAUAGCCACAGCUAGCUCCAAGGUUGGUGCCACCGCCACGAUCGAAACGAUCGUCCAGAUCCAUAGGACGGAGCCGUAGAAGGUGGGCGUGAUAGCCGAUGUCUCCAAGACAAGAUGCCAAAUGAUGCCCCAUUCACAGAGAUUGUGCAAUGCCGCGAGCACGAGCAGCAGCUUGCUGGAUCCAUAGAGUCCGAAUACCAGUGCAAAAAUGGGCGUCGCUACCGAGUAAGCCACAAUGACGGACCGCAGGAACGAACGAGGAGCAGCACGCGCCCGAGCCGACAAGGUGGUCCGUAUGGCCAUCGUCAGCAUGGCGCCAAAAGCGCAAAGGCCCACCAUCUUGAGCACGUCCUGUUGAGGUACAUUCUGGAAUGCCAAUAUUCCCUCCAGCUGCAGAGGUGAGACAGGCUGAGGGGAGCGUGGCAGUCUGGAAGGCACACACCACUUCAUUCUCCUCGGCAGAAUAACGCAGCCCUCAAUGAAUCUUGACGUGACUUCUCGCGGCUCUUCCCCAGCGAUUGGAAAACGGCCUCAAACUACGCUCUGAGGCACCCAAAAAAAUAGAUACCCCUGACCAUUUGUCUUCGUGGGUCAGUGCUGUCUGGCUUUCUUGUUGUGCGAUGCGAUGCACACCAAAAAUGAGAUCGAAUCGAGCGGACGUUCUCACGAACAGACUUGGGCGUGAAGCGUAUCGAUACCUGGGCGACAAGAUCACGGGAAGAGCCUCCAAACAUGUGAUGAAUGCCAGUGGAGAAGCACUUACUUGGUCAGUUUCUCUUCCUUAUCAGGAUCAAGCGUUGUGCGGGUCGGAUGAUCAGCCUGUACACACUCCACACAGCCCAAACAGCAUCGUUGUGUAUCGUCUUGUACCCUCUUUCGUAUGCAUGUGCGUCUUCCACGCGGGUUCAUCGAGCUUCUAUCUCUUCUGUGUGUGAGUCAUAGAUCUAGCUUGUUCGUCAUCAUACCUGCUCGAAGGGAAGAAUGUUUGGCGCCUGCGUUGUUCUUCGUCUGGUGGCUGGACCCCAAGUUUGCGGUUUUGCUCUUUGGUUG